AUGACAUCCCAGCCCGGUCUCCAUCUCCCCGUCACGGGAGCCUUCGCGCUCCCCUUCGCAGCAUACUACAUCUUCCUAUCGGGACGCGUCGUACGCCAACGCCUGAAGUACGGCGUCGCGAUCGGGGACCGCGUUCCCCCCCCUCCCCCAACCCCUAAUUCCCCUAGCCCCACCUCUCCCCAGCCCCAAUACUCCAACAAAACAACCCCCUCCGGAAUCCACACAACCAACGACCCGCUGCACCUCCUAACCCGCGCGCAGCAGAACUUCGCCGAAUUCGUGCCCCUCGCGCUCCUGCUCGCCGUCGUCGCCGAGCUCAACGGCGCGGGACCGGCGGAAGUGCGGGCGGCGCUGGGGACGCUGCUCGCGGCGCGCGUGCUGCAUGCUGAGGCGGGGAUCCUGGGGCCGGAUGCCAUGGGGCUUGGAAGGCCGGUGGGGUUUUAUUCGACUUUGGGGGUUUUGGGGUAUUUGGGGUGGCUUGGGAGUGGGUUUGGGUUUGGGGGGUGGUUGUGA